GGGCGAGGGCUGCGGAGGGAACCACUUAUCUCCCCUGCCUGUGAUUGGCACCUCAAGCCUCUCUCUGUGCGUAUUUCUUUUUUAUCUCCCUCUCUCUCUCCCCUGGUGAGUCAUGGAGGCUGGUUUGAAUGGCAGCCCCCGAGCUUUAUAACUGGAACCCAGAGCCAAAGACAGAGAAGUUCAUGGUCCAGCAGCAUUCUCCUCAGCAUUACUCUCUGCGCCUUCAGGAAGCCACUUAACGCCCCACCAGAAGUUCCACUGCUCCUUAUUAUGAAGAAAGUCCCCUGUGCGUUGCUGCUUGUGGCCGCUGUUUGGCUUCUGCCGGACUCUGGGAGCGCCGCGGUCAUCACUGGGGCGUGUGAAAAAGAUCAGCAAUGUGGGGGAGGUAUGUGCUGUGCUGUCAGCAUCUGGAUAAGAAGCUUACGCAUGUGUACCCCUCUUGGCAACGAAGGAGAUGACUGCCACCCUUUAAGUCAUAAAAUUCCAUUUUUUGGCAAAAGAAUGCAUCACACAUGUCCGUGCCUUCCAAACCUCGCCUGCGCAAAGUUGGAUGACAACGUAUACAAGUGCUUACCCCUCAUCAAAAACAAAGAUUUUUAUUUUUAGAAGAUGAAGGCCGGUAUAAAAUAGGAAAAUUAAUUGUGUAGGAUACAUUAUUUGUCACAGAGAUUUGUUUAGAAAAUGCUUAGCUGAUGUAAACAAUUCAUUCAGUAUUUAAAUGUAUUAGGCUAUAGUUUUAUAAAUUCUAAAAAAAAAAGAUGAAUGCUUGAACUGCUGAUCUGCAGAACUAGAAUGUUCUUUACUAAACGAAUAAACGUGACACGGCCAUUUUAAAAGGUUAUUUGUUUGCAAUCUGCACAAAUAUUGAUGGUAUUUUAUUGUAAAUGUUUGUGCGUUUUGCAAAGAGUAACAUUAUUAUUGCGUAAUGUGAAAAUGGAAAGCUACAGAGUGAUAUUAAGAUGAAAUGAUUGCUAACGGGCUGUGCUGCUUCAAUUGGAAAUUUCAUGAAUUGUUAGUUAAAUACCUCAGGGUCUCUGAGUGUGGAACAUAUUGUUUCAGCUCCGUGAGCAUAACGUUAGAAUCACAUACUGCUGCUUUAGAGGAACACUACUGCAAAAAAGCAACGUUUUAUAAGGGGAUAUUAAUAACUCUAAAUUGGGAUCCUGACAUUUAAUUACCUGUGCUGUUAAUUGUCCUGUUCUGUUUGUGUCUUUGGAUCAUGAAUACAGAUCGGAGGGACUAUGCACCCUUGUACCCUUUUA